AAUCCAUGCACUCUGAGCUCUAUAUAAGAGCUUGUCAUACACAAAAACAGUUUUAUUCUCUAAAGAUCCAGAUGCGAUAACUGUCCUUAUAGUGCAUAAAACAGCUGAACAACAAACCAGGAUUACAGUCACUGAAAGAUCUACGUGAACUGCAAUCAUGGCACCUAUUUUACUGAACAGCAUGAGAAAAGAACACAGUGAUUACAUUCAACAGGUAGAGUAUGUGAUGAACCCUCACCUGGACAGCAUGGAGGAGGACAUUCUGUACCACUUCAACCUGGGAACCAAAACCCACGAUCUGCCACACAUGUUUGGAGAUGUGAAGUUUGUGUGUGUUGGAGGAAGUGCAAAUCGGAUGAGAUCUUUUGCUCAGUUUAUUCAUGAGCAGCUGGAGUUGCCGGGCAACACUGCAGACAUCAAAGACAUCUGUGAGGGAACUGACAGAUACUCCAUGUAUAAAGUUGGACCAGUGCUGUCCAUCAGUCAUGGCAUGGGUGUGCCUUCCAUCUCCAUCAUGCUACAUGAGCUCAUUAAACUGCUCUAUCAUGCCCGCUGCCGUGAUGUCAUCAUAUUCCGCAUCGGCACGUCAGGCGGAGUGGGUCUAGCUGCAGGUACUGUGGUGAUCACAGAUAAAGCCGUGGACUCGUUCUUCAGACCGAUGUUUGAGCAGGUGGUUUUGGGUAAAGUGAUCAUCAGAAGCACAGAGCUGGACAAAGAUGUGGCCAAAGAUCUGCUGAAAAAUUCCUCUGAACUGCCAGAUAUUCCCACUGUCAUUGGAAACACAAUGUGCACACAUGACUUCUAUGAAGGCCAGGGCCGAUUGGACGGAGCCCUGUGCUCGUUCUCCACUGAGGAGAAACUGGAGUAUCUGAGGAAGGCAUAUGAUUCAGGCGUCAGAAACAUUGAGAUGGAAUCCACUGUCUUUGCUGCCAUGUGUCGUGUAUGCAAUCUUAAAGCUGCAGUGGUGUGUGUGACUCUUUUGAAUCGGUUUGAGGGCGAUCAGAUCUCCACACCUCAUGAUGUUCUGCUGGAGUAUCAGCAGAGGCCACAGCGUCUGGUGGCCCAUUUCAUCAAGAAACGUCUCGGACUCAUCUCAUAAAUCCUGUGAUGAACCUCUGUACUGUAAAUAAUACUGUUCAUAGUGUAUACAGUAUGUAUUAUUUAAAGGUUACAUUCACAUUCAAAUCUUCAGACAUUUUUGUGUAUUAUAACUUGUAAAUCAGCUGUAUGUUUUUAUCCUGGCUGUAUCUUUAAGAAUAUUGAUUUUUUUUUUUUUUUUUUUUUUUAAUCCUAUAAAGUAUAUUAGUCUAGUAGUGACAUCCAGACACAAUUCUGUCUGUCUGAAAUUAAAAUGAGCUUACUUACCAAAUAUCAUCCUUGCGAAUCUUUGUACCGUGAAUUUUAUUUAUUAUAAAUUUAAAUAAUUUCGUACUGUUAUAAUAAAGCCAGCUCAUAAUGUUGUCUCUGGUUGACCUCAUGUAUAUAUGCAGUUUUAGCAACAAUGGCAUUAUAAUAAUUCUAAAUAUAUAAUAAGUAAAUAUACCAGUGGAUGUCUGUUUAAAAAUAAAGUAUGAUACUCUUUAUUCACGCAUUUAAACUGUUCAACAACUCA